AUGAACAAGCAAGAGCACGAAGCCUCGUUUCGUCUGCAAGAGCCACGGAGCGAUGUCUGCGUUCGUGUUGUGCAGAAUACGACCCAAGUAGAUGGAUUGGGUGGUGAAGUAUGGGCUGGUGCUCUUGUACUUUGUGAGUUCCUGGAAGCGCACGAUCAGGAUGUGGUGCUGGGACGUGACUUGAUUGAGUUGGGUGCUGGCUGUGGGCUUUGUGGACUCGUGGCUGCCUCACUUGGUGCCAAAUCGGUUGUCUUGACGGACGAAUAUCCAGACUUGCUGGAAAGAAACACUUCCAAGAACUCUCAUCUCUGGGCUGAAACUGAAACUGACAGUGUUUUGCCAAUUGUCUCGAGCGGUGAGCUGGAGUGGGGUGUCACCAAGUCCAUCACACCGUUUGCCCACAAGUUCGACACUAUGAUAGGCAGUGAGAUAACACAACUGGGUCGAGAUUUACAUGUACCAUUGCUUGAAACUAUUCGCUUUGUCCUACGCCCUCGAAUCAUCUCCCUCGCGCUGCUCUCAAUGGAUCUAUGCCGUGCUACCUGUGAAGGAAAAUGCGACGUGAACAAGUGCACUGCCUCGCACUUUGUAGCCACAGCAAAGCAGACAGGUUUUACGGUAUCCAAACGUUUAUCGGUACGUUUGGCGUCUUGCAAGAGAGUGACGACGUUGGUGGGUGCAUUAGGUCGACCACUUCAUGUCGACAAGGACGACUGGAGUGUUGUCUUUGAGCUGCGUCUUGAAUGUGUGAAGGAAUAA